CUUUGGUGGAUUGACAUGGCUCUGGCCAGUAGUAGGCCCAGCUCUGGAGAUACCAUUGAUAAACCCCAUCUAGAAUGACGAGCGCCGAGUAUGUCCCUUGUAGACACAAGCCAACCGAUCUCGCGGGAGAUGUAGGUACAAUUAAGCUUAAGUCCGAUCCAUCUUGUGGUAACCAUGAGCUACGGCCCAGAGUUCGGAGUUUAUUGUUGUCACAGGGACCGAAAAGGAAAGACGGAAGAUGAUGUAGGUGAUGGGGAACUUCCCUAACCCUGUAUCGAGAGGUUCGGAGGUUCUCCUUGUUCAAGGCAAAGAUGGCUUGUCAUCCGGGAGCAAGGCCGGCGGCUUCCCACAACAUCAUGUCUGUCCAAGACACAAGUAGGAAAAGCUUGUUGCAACUCUGGUCACGAAAAAUUGCAGGAGAAAAGUGGAAAGAGGGAUCCUCGCGCCUGGUUGAGCGGGAAUAAUGUGGAAGGUGCCGCCACCCCUUGAGCAACCCAAAAGAUGGAAGGCGGGCUGCCUGCUGAGAUUGGACGUCGACCACGCUGACGCUUGAACUCCCGUUUCAACCAGACAACCACCACCCGAACUCAUCUUAUGCUAUUAUCGUGUUCAUCUCUACAGGCACCUGUAGAGUCCACCAUUGUCAACAGCAAUUAGUAUAACAAGCCACCGCCAUCCUUAUCCACGUCUCGGAGAUCUGAUCAUGGCCGCCCCGGACAGGAAGCAGUCUCCGCCAUUGGACCGACACCUCGAGCGGCAGAUCUUCACCACCGUCGACAAUGUUCAGUACUUUGUUCAUCCACAAAGACUGGGACGUGUCGGAAACGCAUCGAAGCUACGAGACAUCAUACCUGUAACUGGCUUGACUCUCGAACAAUACCACGACGAGUCAUGUAUCUCAACUCUCGAGAGAUUUGUCGUGGCUGAUGAUGUCUACACGACCGGAUUCGGUCACAGGAUUGUCACCAUUGACCACCAGGACCCAACAGUUGACGCCAAAGCUGACGCGGACAACAAGUUCCCACUACAUGUGGUGCACGGCUUGAUCCUUGAGGACUCGGAACAUCCGGUGAGACCGGGGCCCUACUUCUUAUACAACGAAGGGCUCCAUCAAGCCUGGAGGCUCUAUCCUGAUAGCCUCCGUGCCUUCAACUUUGGUGUCUUUCCAAAAAGUCUUCACCAAGCUGAGAAUAGUCCUGUCACUGCUUUGUCUCAAGAUGGACUUCACAAAGCCAUAGCCGUGCCCAGCCGACUAUACUACUCCGAUCCUUCGCCCGAGAAGCCCCUGGCCGGUAUGCGAUUUGUUGUCGACGAUUUUUUUCCAGUGGAGGGAGUAAAGACUACGUUAUCAAGUGAAUCAUGGACGUCCUUCUACCCCCCCUCUUCAAAAACGUGCCACCUCAUCAGACAUUUGAUCGGGUUGGGAGCCAUAAUGGUCGGCAAAACCAAAGUAUCGCAGUUUGGCAUUUUACACUCGGCCUGGGUCGACGUUUCUAGCCCAAAGAAUCCCCGUGCAGACGGCUAUCAAGAGGCAUUGGGAAGCUCGCCCGGUGCUGGCUCGGCGCUGGCUGGCUACAAGUGGAUUGAUUGCGCGGUUGGAAUCGACACCCUUGGUGGCUUCAUGGAAACAGCUGAAUGGUAUGGGCUUUUCGCCCUUCGUCUUAGCACUUCCGGUGUACUUCUCGCUGAAACGGAUAUGCCCUCCAUGCGACUGAGCGCCAUUGCCUUCAUGUCACGAUCUCUGAAAUCGGUCCAACAAGCUGCAGAAGCAUCCAUCAGUAGAAUCGAAACCGCGUUAACACACAAGAACUCCUCCACACCGCCAACAAACAUCGUUUACCUGGGCCACAGGUUUUCGAAACCAAAUCUUGAACUAUCUCUCCACUUAGCGAAUCUUGUCGACAUACCAACAGAGGAAUUUGACAUGGAAACAAGUUGGGCGACGCGAUCACCACCAAAGGCCCCGUCUCAGGAUCCGCUUCAUACCUACAUGGAAGACUGCGCAUGGAAGGCCUACUGUCAUGAUUUUGGCCAGAGAUACUACGAGUCUAUGGAUGACUAUGUUUAUAAGAAUCCAUCCGCCGAGACGAGAGAUCUAUUUAGGCUUUAUUGGGAUGAUGCAGUUGAAUCCGUCUGGCGGGAAGUGGAUAAUCUUUCGAACGAGGACCGGGAAAAUUGCUAUGCUCGGAUGAGAGACUUUGCAGAGUGGUUUGAUAAAUCGAUGGAGUCUCUUCAAGAGCCGAUUGUACUGCUGCCAACGGUGGCAGGCCAACGUCCAAGGUCACGGGUCUAUUCUCCCAGCAGCUACGCUCCGACAGCUCACCGUAUGACAAAUUGGGACGACACCCUGGCUGCCAUUCUGGAACGCCCUCAGGUGAUUCUGCCAGUGGGGAGAAUAUCCUUCUCUUCCGCUAUCAGUCGCGCUACAGAAGCGCUACCCCUUUGCAUUUCAAUGAUGAGUCGAAGAAACACGGAUUUGGAACUUCUUGACUUUGUGACCAACAUCAUGGAGGGAAAUAAGUUGCAGGUUGAGGUGGAGGUUGGAAAGGAUGCUCUACCUCAGGCAAAGGAGACCUGGCAAUUUUUUAAGGCGUCUGAUUCGGAUGGAGAUGAGGAGGUAUCGAGUGAGAAAGGUGGUGACAAAAGUCCGCCGCCUGGAGAAUUGGAUGGAUCUGAGAGCGAGGGUUCGCCCGAAGAUGAUGAGCAGUUAGGGAUACAAAUGUCGCUUGAAGAAGACCAUUAAGAUAGGGAAGAAGUUCGAGAGAGGGAAGAAGCCCUAAAGGCGGGGGGUUGAGAGAUAUUGCUUGGACCGGGAAGUUUAUUUUGUUUUCUGUAGGGAAUAGCGCUGUGGCUUUAUGAGUAGCGGUGUUGGAAAUUAUACAAGGGGUGUAUUCAGGCAGGGAGGAUGCUUAACUGCUGUCUAGAGCUUUGUCUAUGUUCAUCCGUGACGUGGGGGUGUCUGUUAAGGGGCAGUAAAAUACUGAACCAAAGGGGUGAUAUUUUACAUGGUAGAUACGCCUGGAAUAACGAGCGAGUGGUGUCGCUGAUUGAGUCAUUACGUCAAGCAGGAUGUUGUGGAACUUGGUCAGGGUUGCACUUUGAGGUUCUUUUCAUCUCCAUGUGCAAAUAUUACCCCCUUCCCGCAACAUACCUAUUGCAGUAUCAUCACGAAUCUGUGAGUUCAAUGCAAGGCGUCAAUC